AUGCAGGAGGAGUGGGAGAAGGAGGAGAACCAUGUGAUCAUGAUGGACUUCCUGCUGCCCACUGGGGUCUUCCUCAAAUUCGCUGUGUCUCGCAACGACACCAUUAAAACCAUCAAAAAGAUGGUUUGGAAGAAUGCCAAAAGCGAGGCCUUGUUCUCAGCUCUUGGCGACCCCGAUGCCUAUGUGUUCACCUGCAUCAACCAGACGGCCGAGCGAGAAGAGCUGGAGGAGGAGUCCCGGCGCAUCAGUGACGUGCGGCCCUUCAUGUGUGUCCUCAGGCUCGUGCCUAGGGAGGGCGAUCGCGUGGAGAAGCUCACCAACGCACAAAUCAGCCUGUUAAUCGGAAAAGGUCUGCAUGAGUUUGAAGCUCAGAAAAACCAUGAGGUGAACGAGUUUCGGACAAAGAUGCGAGUGUUUUGUGAGGAGAAGGCUCUUGAGCGACAGCUGUUGCCAUGGCGCCAGUGGAUGGAGUACAGUUUCCCGUGCGACCUGGAGCCCUGUUGUUGUCCGCCCAGUGGAAAGGCCACCAACAAGUCCAAAAACACCAAGAAAAUAUUUGUCAAUAUAAAGUUUGAGUCAUCAGAGGAAAGCUUCAUGCUGCAGCUAGAUCCCCAGGACCUGCCCAUGUCUCUGGUGAGGAACGCCCUGAAGAAAAAGGCCACCGUCUUCCGCUCAAUACGUCAGGAACCGGAGGACUACACACUUCAGGUCAACGGCCGCUGGGAUUUUAUCUACGGGGACCACCCUCUCUGCCAGUUUAAAUAUAUUUUUAACUGUCUAAAAAAUGGACAGAACCCUCACCUCACCAUGGUCCACCACUCAACCAUCACAAAAUAUCAGGAGGAAGACGGCCGGCUGUGCAGUCAGGUUUUUAAGAGCCGCUCUCUGUCCAGACCCCCUCCACUACCUCUUAAGAAACAGAACACUUCCUCACUGUGGUCCAUAUCGGAGCCGUUCCAUAUUCACUUGGUGCAGGGGAGCAACGUAAACGCAGAUGAAGGCAUGAAGUUGGUGGUCCAGGUUGGUCUGUUCCAUGGCAGUGAGCUUCUGUGUAAAGUAGUGACGAGUUCAGAAGUGACCGUGUGUUCGGAGCCGCUCUGGGACCAAAGACUAGAGUUUGACAUCAACAUCUCGGACCUGCCUCGAAUGAGCCGCUUGUGCUUCGCCUUGUACACAGUCAUUGAAAAGACCAAGAAACCCCGUGGCACCAAGAAGAAGAACAAAAAGGCAGACUGUCUCAUUGCCUGGGUCAACACCAUGGUUUUCGAUUAUAAGGACCAGCUGAAGACCGGGGAGUUCCUUCUGUCGACUUGGCCCUCGGUUCCUGAUGACAAAAGUGACCUGUUGAAUCCAAUGGGAACAAUUGAGAAGAAUCCCAACGUUGACAGUGCUGCCGGGCUGCUUAUACAUUUUCCCAAUUUCCGACCACAUCCGCUUUAUUAUCCACCACUUGACAAGAUCUCUGACAUUGACAAAAAUGGUGACACUUCAGGUGGCUCUAAAGACGAGUUGUUAAAGCUGAAAGAAAUAAUGGACAACAAAAACUACACUGAGUUUUUUGAGGAUGAAAAGGAACUGCUGUGGAAGCUUCGAUAUGAAGUCCGGGACCACUAUCCGGAAAGUCUGUCAAAACUGCUGCUCAUCACCAAGUGGAAUAAACGGGAGGAUGUUGUCCAGAUGGUGAGUUUGUUGAGAAACUGGCCAGACCUCCCGGCUAUCCACGCCCUCGAGCUCCUGGACUAUAGUUUUCCAGACCCAGCUGUCCGCGCUUUCACCAUAAGAUGCCUCAAAAAACUCAGUGACCGUGAGUUGCUUCAGUACCUCAUUCAGCUCGUGCAGGUGCUGAAGUACGAGUCGUACCUGGACUGUGACCUCACUCUCUUCCUUCUGGAGCGUGCUCUGUCCAACCGCAAGAUCGGACACUUCCUGUUCUGGCAUCUCAGGUCAGAGAUUCAUGUGUGUUGUGUUAGUCUGAGGUUUGGCCUUAUUCUCGAGGCCUACUGCAGGGGAAAUAUCCACCACAUCAAACUCUUAUUGAAACAGAAUGAGGCUUUAAGUAAAAUGAAGGCGCUCAGUGACUUUGUGAAAUCCGGCUCUCAGAGGAUGACAACAGAAGACUUAAAGCUGUGCAUCAAACAGGAGUCUUAUGUGGAGGCUCUGUCUGACAUGCAGUCCCCCCUCAACCCAAGCAUCAUCCUCACAGAGAUAUGUGCAGACAAAUGCAGAUUCAUGGACUCCAAGAUGAAGCCUUUGUGGAUGAUGUACAGGAAUCCAUGUAUUCACGGGGAAUUGGUGGGAAUCAUAUUCAAGAAUGGAGAUGAUCUGCGGCAAGACAUGUUAACCCUGCAAAUGAUCCACCUGAUGGAAAACCUGUGGAAAAAAGAGGGAUUAGAUCUCAGAAUGAUCCCAUAUGGCUGCCUCUCCACCGGGAACAAAAUGGGUCUAAUCGAAGUUGUAAAAAACUCAGACACUAUUGCCAAUAUUCAGCGCAACAACAGUAACAGUGCGGCCACAGCUGCCUUCAACAAGGAUGCCUUGCUUAACUGGCUCAAGUCUAAAAAUCCUGGGGAUAAAUUAGAACAAGCGAUAGAGGAAUUUACUCUUUCAUGUGCUGGCUACUGUGUAGCUACAUAUAUUCUGGGAAUUGGAGAUCGCCACAAUGACAACAUCAUGAUCAGAGAAACUGGGCAGCUCUUUCACAUUGACUUUGGACAUUUCUUGGGGAACUUCAAACGAAAGCUUGGAAUCAACCGAGAGCGAGUGCCUUUCAUUCUGACGUACGACUUUGUCCAUGUAAUUCAGCAAGGACGCACCAAUAACAGCGAGAAGUUUGAGCGGUUCAGAGAGUACUGUGAAUGGGCCUAUAAGAUCUUGUGUCGUAACGGGACACUGUUUGUCAACCUUUUUGCCAUGAUGAAGGCAGCAGGACUGCCAGAGCUCACCUCCUUCAAAGACAUUCAAUAUCUUAAGGAUUCGCUAGCCCUGGGGAAAUCUGAAGAAGAAGCUCUCAAGAAUUUCAAAUAUGUAGCGCCCCCAGUGGUCGCUUCCCAUAGUGCACACAGAGGCUGCCGCUGGAGGGAUGUGACCCCGGAACAGGACGCCUUCCUUCAACAACACACCAUUCAAACACGCACACAAGAGAGAAAAGCUGGACCAGGAGGGGUUUUCACUCACAAGUCUUUUCAUCCUGAAGUCAGCCAAUUAGGAAGUAGAGCCACAGGAGCAGAGGGGAUGAACCGCGAGGAGGCCCCGGGGAAGUCUCCUGAAGACAUGUAUGUCCAACAAAAAGUGCGGGUCCUUCUCAUGCUCAAGAAAAUGGGAUCAAAUCUCACACCCAGUGAAGAGGCUUUCCUCCGAAACUACGCCGGCGUGGUCCACAGUCAGAUGAGUCAACUACCACAGCACAACAUCGACCAAGGAGCAGAGGACGUGGUGAUGGCGUUCUCGCGGUCAGAGACAGAGGACCGUCGGCAGUGA